AUGGCCCGAGAGAUGUGGGUAUCAUUUUACAAGCCCCGGUCACCUACUCCAACUUCAUCUGCACCAACUACCGCCUCAAAGCCUAAGACAAGUGUGCUUGCUGGCCUUGGCAAUGCUGCUGCCGCCCGAGGGGGCACCAGCUCAACCGGCGCAUUUGAUAUCUGGCUUGCCGGCAGCCUUAUCCUGGAGGGGACUGAUCCAGUAAAUCCUCUGAAGUGGUGGAUUAACCAGAAGCGUUCGGGCAACACACAUGGCGCUUGA